GAAAAGGAGAUGAGCAGAUUUCCCUGCUUCACCGCAGUGUUGCUCUGCGCGUUUGGACUGCAGCGCACGAAGCAGACGUGGCUCACCACCUGCUUAGCACUAACUUCCUCUUCAGGAGCCGGGCACUUCAGGAUGGCAGAGACCUGGCCCACCUUCACUGUCGAACUGUCAGCGCCUGUUGUUAAAAAGCACACUUGCUGGUAGCUGGGAUCAUGGCCUCAGUGUGAACAGGCGGUGUGAAUCGCCCCACAGGAGAACCCUGUGGGCAGCCGGUGAGUCUUCUCCUGUAGACCGUCUAGCCCCCGGGGAGCUUAGACAUCACCGUGUUGGUGACCAGGGGCGCUCUGGUGUCUGAAGAAGCUGUAAAUGAGGUCCUGAAAUGUCAACUGAAGGCAGAAGUCCUUUUCUUCAUUGAGAACUGUCCAGAGCUGGCUCAGGUUAAUGUGACAGCGUCAGGCGGGUCCACAGCCCUCCCUCUGCCCCACCUGUCCAGGGCACCGAGAGUGGGGACAUGGAGGAGAGUAAGAAUGAGGCCACGAACCGGGCCCACGUCCUCUUUGACCGCUUCGUGCAGGCCACCACCUGCAAGGGGACCCUCAAGGCCUUCCAAGAGCUUUGCGACCAUCUGGAACUGAAGCCGAAGGACCACCGCUCCUUUUAUCACAAGCUCAAGUCCAAGCUUAACUACUGGAAAGCCAAGGCCCUCUGGGCAAAGCUGGACAAGCGGGGCAGCCACAAAGACUACAAGAAGGGAAAGGUGUGCACGAACACCAAGUGUCUCAUCAUUGGAGCCGGCCCCUGCGGUCUCCGCACAGCCAUCGAUUUGUCCUUGCUGGGAGCUAAGGUGGUCGUCGUUGAGAAGCGAGACGCCUUCUCCCGCAACAACGUCUUGCACCUCUGGCCGUUCACCAUACAUGACCUACGAGGUCUGGGUGCCAAGAAGUUCUAUGGCAAGUUCUGUGCUGGGGCCAUCGACCACAUCAGUAUCCGUCAGCUUCAGCUAAUACUUUUGAAAGUAGCUUUGAUCCUAGGCAUUGAGAUCCACGUCAAUGUGGAAUUCCGAGGACUUGUGGAGCCUCCUGAGGAUCAAGAAAAUGAACGGAUAGGUUGGCGGGCCCUGGUGCACCCCAAAACGCACCCUGUGUCAGAAUAUGAGUUUGAAGUGAUCAUCGGCGGAGAUGGCCGCAGGAAUACCUUGGAAGGAUUUCGUCGGAAAGAAUUCCGUGGCAAAUUGGCCAUUGCCAUUACAGCGAAUUUUAUUAACCGAAAUACAACAGCAGAAGCCAAAGUGGAAGAAAUCAGUGGUGUGGCUUUUAUAUUCAACCAAAAAUUUUUCCAGGAACUGAGGGAAGCCACAGGGAUCGACCUGGAGAACAUUGUCUACUACAAAGAUGAUACACACUACUUCGUUAUGACUGCCAAGAAGCAGAGCUUACUGGACAAAGGGGUGAUACUGCAUGACUACGCUGACACGGAGCUCUUGCUCUCCCGGGAGAAUGUGGACCAGGAGGCCCUGCUGAGCUACGCCCGGGAGGCAGCCGACUUCUCCACCCAGCAGCAGCUGCCGUCGCUGGACUUCGCCAUCAACCACUACGGGCAGCCUGACGUAGCCAUGUUCGACUUCACGUGCAUGUACGCCUCCGAGAACGCGGCCCUGGUGCGGGAGCACAACGGGCACCAGCUGCUGGUGGCUCUGGUGGGGGACAGCCUCCUGGAGCCUUUUUGGCCAAUGGGAACAGGAAUAGCCCGGGGCUUUCUGGCUGCUAUGGACUCAGCCUGGAUGGUGCGUAGCUGGUCUCUGGGGACGAGCCCCUUGGAAGUCCUGGCAGAGAGGGAAAGCAUUUAUAGGUUGCUGCCUCAGACCACCCCUGAGAACGUGAGCAAGAACUUCAGCCAGUACAGCAUUGACCCCGUCACCAGAUACCCCAAUGUGAAUGUCAACUUUCUCCGGCCAAGCCAGGUGCGCCAUCUGUAUGAUACUGGAGACACAAAAGAUGUUCAUUUGGAGAUGGAGAACCUUGUGAAUUCCCGAACCACCCCAAAGCUGGCCCGCAACGAGUCUGUGGCUCGUUCCAGCAAGCUGCUGGGUUGGUGCCAGCGGCAGACAGACGGCUAUGCCGGGGUGAACGUGACGGACCUCACCAUGUCGUGGAAGAGCGGCCUGGCCCUGUGUGCCAUCAUACACAGAUACCGCCCUGACCUGAUAGAUUUUGACUCUUUGGAUGAGCAGAAUGUGGAGAAGAAUAACCAGCUGGCCUUCGAUAUUGCUGAGAAAGAGCUGGGCAUUUCUCCCAUCAUGACAGGCAGAGAGAUGGCCUCAGUGGGGGAGCCGGACAAGCUGUCCAUGGUGAUGUACCUGACCCAGUUCUACGAGAUGUUCAAGGACUCGCUCCCCUCCCGAGAUGCCUCAGACCUGAAUGCGGAGGAGAGGGCUGUCCUAAUAGCCAGCACCAAGUCCCCCAUCUCCUUCCUGAGCAAACUUGGGCAGACCAUUUCUCGGAAGCGCUCCCCCAAGGACAAGAAGGAAAAAGACUUGGAUGGUGCUGGGAAGAGGAGAAAGACCAGCCAGUCAGAGGAGGAGGACACACCCCGGGGCCACAGAGGAGGAAGGCCCACCCUAGUGAGCACGCUGACCGACCGGAGGAUGGACGUGGCCCUCGGCAACCAGAACAAAGUGAAGUACAUGGCAACCCAGCUGCUGGCCAAGUUUGAGGAGAAUGCGCCCCCACAGUCUGUGGGUGUGAGGAGACAGCCGACACAGGAGCAUGGGGUCAGCCAGCCGUCCCGCUGCCUGCCCGAGCAGGGUCGCUCUGCUCCCACCCCCCAGUGGAAACAGCGACGGGACAAGGAGCGUUCUCGGACCUGCCCCAAAAAAGUGGUCACCCUCUCUCCUCCCCCUACUCCGCCUCCCUGUCGGGCACGUGGCGGCCAGCAGACACACAGGGAUCUUGAUGCCGACAGCCGUGGCAAGCAGAGCCCCCAGCACGAGAGGCCAGAGCCUGAGCCUUCGCGUCGAUUUUUUGUCGAUCAGUGGGAGCUUUCUCUAAGCCUCCGCUCCGCCAGCCGCCCUGCUUCUCCCUCCUCCGACUCCCUCCGACAGAAGUAUAUAAAGAUGUACACGGGCGGAGUGAGCUCAUUGGCUGAGCAGAUAGCCAAUCAGCUUCAAAGGAAAGAACAACCCAAAACCCUUCUAGACAAGAAGGAACUGGGCUCCAUAAAGAAGGAGUUCCCACAGAACGUAGGAGGCAGCGACACCUGCUAUUUCUGCCAGAAGCGGGUCUACGUGAUGGAGCGGCUGAGCGCCGAGGGCAAGUUCUUCCACCGGAGCUGCUUCAAGUGUGAGCACUGCGCCACCACCCUGCGCCUGUCGGCCUAUGCCUACGCCCUCGAGGACGGUAAAUUCUACUGCAAGCCACACUACUGUUACCGGCUGUCUGGCCCUGCGCAGAGGAAGAGACCGGCAGGGGCGCCUCUGUCUGGAAAGGAGGCCCGGGGACCCCUGCAGGACAGCCCCGCCGCAGACGCCAGCGGACGGCCCAGCACCAGUGCCAGCCCGGCCGAGAGAAGCCCAGGCCCAAGCGUGAAUGGCCUGGAGGAGCCUAGCGUCGCCAAGAGACUGCGGGGCACCCCGGAAAGGAUCGAGCUGGAGAACUACCGGCUGUCGGUGCGGCAGGCGGAGGGACUGGAGGAGGUGCCCGAGGAGACGCAGGCUGAGCACAACCUGAGCAGUGUGCUGGACACGGGGACGGAGGAGGACGCGGCCAGCAGCAGUUCGGAGUCGGAGAUGGAGGAGGAGGAGCCCCCUCUGCCCACCUCAGACCUGGGCGGUGUUCCCUGGAAGGAGGCUGUGAGGAUCCAUGCGCUCCUGAGAGGGAAGAGUGAAGAGGAGCUGGAGGCCUCCAGGAGCUUCGGGGCCGGGGAGGAGGAUGAGGAAGACGAGGAGGAGGAGGAGGAGGAGGAGGAGGAAGAUGAGGACGAGGAGGACGAGGACGAGUCUAGUGAAGUCGGGAGCCCGAGGAGGCUGCAGCAGCUGCUGAACCCGGCCGAUCCGCUGGAGAUCCAGGCCGACGUGCACUGGACGCAUAUCCGUGAGAGCCAGGAGGAGCGCCCGGCGCUGGCGCCCGAGUCCCCCCUUCCCGGAGUGCCCGGCCUCCCAUCCGUCCGCCGAGCAGCAGUACAGGCCUGGCUGGAGUCGGUCUCCGGAGUCCAGUUCGAUGAGGAUGACCUGGAGGGAGACGUGGACUCGGAACCAGCAGAGAUCGAAGGGGAGGCAGUGGAGAAUGGAGACGCGGGGGACACCGGCGCCGAGCUGGAUGACGAUCAGCACUGGUCGGAUGACAUCCCGUCCGAGGCUGACACGGAGCUGCACCGGCCGGUAGUGGGAGCAGAGCUGGAGCUGAGGGUGUCUGACGGUGAGGAGGAGCCACCGCUGGCCUCAGCAGGGCACCCAGAAAGAGGUCCCUCCCGAGUCUCCAGCCCCACCCGGUCCCCCGAGGAGCCCACGGGCCUGUCCUCUCCAGCCCGCAGCCCCGGGGCACAGAGCGCCCGUCCCCCCCUUGCCGCUGUGGCCGCUGGGGUAGGGUCACCCACCGAGAGCCCUCUGCUGGAGCCCUCGACCCCGCCAGCGGAGCCCGAAGCUCGCCCUCCCAUCCGAUCGCAGCCUGAAGCCAGGACGCCGCCCUCACCUGCCAGCCCCCAGCGCCAGUCUCCGCCUACCCAACUGCCCAUCUGCUCCCAGCCUCAGCCGUCCCCUGAGGCCACCGUGCCGUCCCCCACCCUGUCCCCCAUCCGCUCCCAGCCCGUGCCGGCCAGAACCUCCACCCCUCUGGCCCCCCUCCCCAUGAAGAACCAAGGGGUCACCAAGGACACACUGGGUAGCCCCCUCCCUGGGGACGAGGCCCUGAAACGCAGCGACCUGGUGGCUGAGUUCUGGAUGAAGAGUGCCGAGAUCCGCCGCAGCCUGGGGCUCACGCCUGUGCACCGGAGCCCGGGGUCUGAGCCCGCCUUCCAGUCCCCACCCCUGAAGGCCUAUCCAGCAGAGAAGGGCCCCCAGAGCGAGGGGCUCCGGCUCCUAAAACCCCCGCCUGUCCCCAGGAAGCUGGGGCUGCCCGCGGCCGAGGGGGCCCAGCCCUGCCCGCCCACCCCUGUGUCCCCACCCGACAGGGAGCCCAAGGGCCCCCGGGAGGAGCACAGAGACCUGUCCAGCAGCUCGGGACUGGGCCUGCAGGGCAGCUCAUCCCGCACCAGGACGCCGGGCAGCCAGAGCUUCAACACCUCUGACUCCACCAUGCUCACGCCCCCUUCCAGCCCGCCGCCCCCGCCGCCUGACGAGGAGCCCGCUACCCUUCACAGGAAGCCAGCCCUGGCAGGGCAGCCUGUGGCCUCGGCGCCCCCACCCCCGGCUGUCGGUGUGAGGCCCCCGCGGGAGCCCGCCCAGCCCCCUCAGGAGGAGGCGCGGAAGUCUUUCGUGGAGAGCGUGGAUGAGAUCCCUUUUGCGGACGACGUGGAGGACACGUAUGACGACAACACGUGUGACGACCGCACAGAGGACUCAAGUCUGCAGGAGACCUUCUUCACACCCCCCUCCCACUGGCCCCACCGCAAGCAGCCCUUGGCUCCGGAGAAUGGCCGGGGGCUGGAGAGUGGGGUCCCACUGCAGAAGCGGGGGCUGCCGCUGGUCUCGGCCGAGGCCAAGGAGCUGGCGGCUGAGCGCAUGCGGGCCCGGGAGAAGUCGGUGCGGAGCCAGGCACUGAGGGAUGCCAUGGCCAGGCAGCUGAGCAGGAUGAAGGAGAUGGACAUAGCAGCUGCAGCCCCCAGGACCCCUGCACCCCGCAGAGCUGCUGCCGUGCCCUCCAAGGGCCCCGAGGAGCUUGCCUCAAGGCACGAAGCCACGAGUGAGGAGGUGCUAUCCCCUCCCUCGGACUCAGGGGGUCCGGAAGGCUCGGUCACCUCAUCAGAGGGUUCCAGCGGGAAGAGCAAGAAGAGGUCGUCCCUCUUCUCUCCUCGGAGAAGCAAGAAAGAGAAGAAGCCCAAAGGCGAGGGCCGGCCGCUGGAGAGGCCCAGCCCCGGCACUCUGGAGGAAGCGGCCGCCAAGCCCAGGUCUCUGUGGAAGUCCGUCUUCUCUGGGUACAGGAAGGACAAGAAAAAGAAGAGCGAUGGCCAGUCCUGCCCCAGCACCCCUUCCAGCGGGACCGCAGUGGACGCCGGCAAGCCCAGGGCAUCUCCCAUCUCAAGAGCAGAGCUGCGGACCCGGCGCCAGCUGAGCUGCUCGGAGGACUCGGACCUCUCCAGCGAUGACGUCCUCGAGCGGACCUCCCAGAAGUCCAGAAAAGAGCCGAGAACUUACACGGAGGAGGAGCUGAACGCCAAGCUGACCCGGCGUGUGCAGAAGGCAGCUCGGAGGCAGGCCAAGCAGGAGGAGCUGAAACGGCUACACCGCGCCCAGAUCAUCCAGCGGCAGCUGGAGCAGGUGGAGGAAAAGCAGCGGCAGCUGGAGGAGAGGGGGGUCGCCGUGGAGAAGGCGCUGCGCGGGGAAGCAGUUGAGCCCAGUGGCGGGACUCCACGGCGUAGACCUCUCUCCUUCUGCCCUUGCUGUGUCCAGGAAGGCAUGGGCAAGAAGGACGACCCCAAGCUGAUGCAGGAGUGGUUCAAGCUGGUGCAGGAGAAGAACGCUAUGGUGCGCUACGAGUCGGAGCUGAUGAUCUUUGCUCGGGAGCUGGAGCUGGAGGACCGGCAGAGCCGGCUGCAGCAGGAGCUCCGCGAGCGGAUGGCGGUGGAAGACCACCUGAAGACGGAGGAGGAGCUGGCGGAGGAGAAGAGGAUCCUGAACGAGAUGCUGGAGGUGGUGGAGCAGAGAGACGCCCUGGUGGCCCUGCUGGAGGAGCAGCGGCUGCGGGAGAAGGAGGAGGACAAGGACCUGGAGGCCGCCAUGCUGUCCAAGGGCUUCAGCCUGCACUGGUCGUGAGCGCCCGCCCAGCCCUGGCCAGUCUGCGCACUGCCCAGAACCCCCUCCUGGACCCCAGGUCUGAGAGGGCCUGGCGCCUCCGGGGAGUUUGCACUCCGGUCCACAUGGCUCUGAGAAGGGUUCAGGCAUCCGAGCUAUGGGGAGCCCUGGGUGGAGCUGGUUGUCCAGCGGCUCAGCCUCCUUGGAGGAAGCCCCCUGCCCGCCCACUCCAGAGCGCGAGACUGUGGGGGCGUGCCCAGGGAAGGUGCUGGGAGGAUGCAGUGACCACGCUCCCCUGGCACCAUGCAGAAGUGGACGAGAAGCCCAGCCCACACCCCAGGCCUCCUGGCCGUGCCCUGCGGCUGCUGCAUUUGCUUUUAAUUCACAACACUGGAAAAUACUGACUUUGGGGUUGGGCGGGGCCCCGAGUUCUGGCCCCGCCAGCAGGCUGGCCUUGUCAUGGACGCCUCACAGCAGGUAGGAGGCCGUCCUCUACGCCUGGUUCCUGUGCUUGCACCAAACGAGGCUGACAGCCUGGGAGAUGCAGCCUCUGGGGACCCUCUUUGUCAAUUAACUUAUUUUUUUAUACUUGAAGCAGCUUCACUUUUGUAUCUUUACUGGGACCCUGAUGCUCCGGCACCCGGGUCGGGGCAUGGAGCUGAGUCCCAGCUGAUCGCGCUGCCCUCCAUUCAUCACCCCCUUCUUCCUGGGGCUGACCGGAGCCUUCCUGUCAGAGAGACCCCGUGUGGGCCCCAGUGCGCUGCUCCCGUCCCCUGUGCCUGGCCCCAGGGGUCUGUGUCUGCACCGCUCACUCAUCAAGGAUGUACUUGAGCUGCUGGAGGCCAGGCUGCUGGCCAGGUACCGCUCGGAAUCCUCCCUGUUGAAAUCCCGGGUCCUUAGGACCCGUGUUUUUCCCCGUUUUGGAGCCAAGGUCUCAUCUCCCACACUGACUGAAGACGGUUUAGGCCACGGCACCAGCGUGAGGGACCCUGCUUGGUGAGGCCCGGACCCAGCAGCUGGAGCUGCGGUGACAACACACAGAUGGGACGCUGGUCGGGGAGUCACCAGACAGACACACACACACACAGACACACACACAGACACACACGGCAGCCUCUGCCCAGCCCCCUGCUCAACGCCUCUUCGUGGGGAGGCACGGAAUGAGAAGCACCAUGGAGCCAGCUCGGGCCGCGGUUCGGCCAGAGGCUGACCGUGUCAAGCUCCCAGAGCGGUCAGAAUCUGCGGCGGCCGUGUCCUUCUGCAGAGGAGCUCGGUCGGUACCGGGCCUGUCCUGAGGCCCUCCAGCCCACCUGGUGGAGCAGGACAUGCUGGAAAGGGAGGCUGCAAGGGCAGGAUGAGGGGCAUCCACACCAGCCUCGGAACGUCCUUGGGGAACCACAUCGUGCCUCAACUUGAACACAUUCAUUCUCACUGCAAAGGAGCAGAGAACUGUCUUCUUCUUGAGUCUGUCCCAAAGCUGUCAUCUGUCACCCCCUGGAAUCCAGGGGGCUCAUGGCUCAGACCCUCGCUUCCUGCUUGUUGAAGCAGAGCCUCUAUUUCUGUUCUCCUUUCUUAACGGGAGCAGAGGGUAUUCUCUUAGAUUCCACCUUUAAACCCCAGCCUUCCGAUAAAGCUGGGCUUGGGGCAGGAUUCAUCGCCUGUGUGGCCUUUGCCAGCCCUUCCCACCCGCCACCCGGUGCACCAUGACUGCCAGGCCCAUCCCGCGAGCCCCUGCCCACCCAGGACAAGGACGUGUUUAUGAAGUAGCCAGAAGGGACGUGGCACCGCCCCGCGGAAGCGCACCGUGCCUGCCAACAUGGGGAAGGCCCAGAGCUGCAGAGAAGCUCAGAAACACUCCCCAGCUCCCUUCCGCGGCGCUGCACCUUCAGGCUCCAGUAGAGCACUUUUUCCGAAUGCUCCGUUUCAUAACCACUAGUGAGCAGGUUGUUGUAGUGCCUGCUGACAGGCUGCUGCGGCUUCCAGCUCUGGGAACGUACGGCUCCUGUCCCACCCCCAUGCGGGCAGGGCUGCAGGAAGUCUCCCGCUGCAGCGCUGGAUGUGAGCGAGCCCAGGCCAAGGCCAAGGGCCCAGCCUGCUCACACGGUGUAUUCUGGCCUUCUCCCCAGGAGCCAUUCUCCAGCUGCCCUGACCAGCGAUGAGAGGCUAUUCCCAAUCUUUUCAAAGAGCAGAUUUUUUUCAGUAGGGCAGAAAGUGGAGUUUACAGAAAACAACUUUUAGAGGUGGGAACAACUGACCUACAAAGGGGAAUGGGCCAUUUUAUGCGCAAUAAAAGUUUCUAAAGGAAA